AUGGCUCUCGAAAGUGUUGGUGAAUCCGUUAUAUCUAAGAUAACAGAACUCUUGGUGGAACCAGCAAUAAAGCAAUUCCGUUAUAUGUUCUGUUUCAACAAUUUUCUUCAAGAAUUCAAUGAACAAAAGCAGAACCUGACAUUGGCACUAGAUCAAGAUUACGACAUUCCAAUUGAGGACUUGACGAGAUAUGGAGUUGGCUGUGGGCUACAUCGAGAUGCGGAGUCCAUUGAAGAUGCAAGGAAACAAUUGUGUGUGGCUGUUAAAAACCUCAAGGAUUGUUGUAUGCUUUUGGGCACUGAAAUUGAAGAACGUGUGAAAAUGCAUGACUUGGUUCGUGAUGUUGCUAUUCAAAUAGCAUCAUCAUCAAAUGAAUUUGAUUUCGUACUAAAGACUGGCACUGGGUUAAAAGAGUGGCCCGGGAGUUUUGAAAGCUUUGAAGAUUGCACAACUAUUUCGUUAAUGGGCAAUAGACUGACAGAACUUCGUGAAGGAUUAGUAUGUCCACAGCUCAAAGUUUUGUUAUUAGAAUUGAAAGAUAGCCUGGAUGUUCCAUGUAAGUUUUUUGAAGGGAUGAAAGCAUUGGAAGUUUUGUCUCUAAAUGGAGGGUGUUUGUCAUUGGAAUCACUUGAAUGCUCAACGAACCUUCAAUCCCUGCAGUUUAUUGAGUGUGAAUGCAAGGACCUCAUUUCGUUGGGAAAGCUGCUAAGACUUAAGAUUCUUGGUUUUUUGGGCUGCUCCUCGAUUGAAGAAUUGCCUGAAGAAAUAGGGGAGCUCGAGAACUUAAGGUUGUUGGAUUUGAGAAGUUGUCGGAGGCUAGAAAGGAUUCCUGUGAAUUUGAUUGGAAGGUGGAAGAAGUUAGAAGAACUGUUGAUUGGGGAUAAAAGCUUUACGGAAUGGGGUGUGGGUGGGACAAGCAGAGGAGGAAUGAAUGCGAGCCUAACAGAACUAAAUUCAUUGUCUCAUCUUUCUGUGUUAUCGUUGAGUAUACCAGAGAUCAAAUACAUUCCUAGAGAUUUUGUUUUCCCUAAGUUGCUUAAAUAUGAAAUAUUAUUAGGAGUCAAGAGUUAUCCAAGGUUUCCAUGGCAUUUGGAGAUGCUCGAAAGAAGUUACCCAACCUCCAGAAGAUUGGCUUUCGGUUGUAUCAGCGCCACAUCCCUAAAUGCAAAGACAUUUGAGCACUUGUUACCUGGUGUAUCUCAAUUAAAUUUGAGUUUUGUGGAAGGCUUAAAAAAUAUAAUAUGGUCCCCCGAUCAGAUGACCACGCAUGAGCAGCAACAGGGGUUCUUACGGCAGUUAGAAUGUGUUCUUGUAAGUAAUUGUGGUGAUAUGUGUACUCUGUUUCCAGCAAAAUCGUGGCGAGCUUUGAAAAAUCUAAGGAGCGCGAGUAUUCGACAUUGCGACAAAUUGGAAGAGGUAUUUGUAUUGGGUGAGGUUGAUCAAGUAAGCGAUGAGGAGAAGGUGCUGCUGCUGUCAUCUUUAACGGAGUUAGUAUUGGAAGAGUUACCUACUCUGCAGUGUAUAUGGAAGGGGCCUACCCGACAUGUAAGCCUCCAAAGUCUUACUCGUCUGAAUUUGUGGAGUCUCUUCAAACUCAAAUUCAUCUUCACACCGUCCCUGGCUCAGUGUCUACCACAACUAGAAACACUUCAGAUAGAAGAUUGUUGUAAAUUGGAGCAUAUUAUCGCAAGUAAGGAUGAUAAUUAUGAGGGGGAAAUAAUUCCAGACUCUAUUUGCUUCCCAAAAUUAAAAACACUCUCCAUAAGCUGUUGUUGGGAACUGGAAUAUGUCUUUCCCGUGUCUGUGGCUCGAAGGCUUCUGAACCUGGAAGAGAUACAUAUUGAAGAUGCCGAUAAAUUAAAGCAGAUAUUUGGCAGUGGAGAAGGAGAAGAUGUACCCACAACAGAUGGAGAUGGCAUCAUCCUGUUUCCUCAACUAAGAAAGUUGGAGCUUUCUAGAUCCGGAUCAAAUCUCAACUUUUUUGGUUCAAACAAUUUUGCUGCUGAAUUGCCUUCUUUGCAAGAUCUACAAAUUGAGGGCCACAAGCAAUUGGGUAAUUUGUUGGCAAAGCUGCUGGGCUUAGCAAAUUUGAGAAAUUUAAGCAUUGAAGAUUGUGAAGGAGUAGAAGAGGUAAUGCAGGUUGGAAGUUUUGUAACUAAUAGAAGAGGUGGGCAUGAACUUUCACUCUUGAGUUUGGAAACAUUAAAGUUGAGCUCUCUGCCUGACUUGAGGAGUAUAUGCAAGGGUCUCGUGCUGAAAAAUUUGACUACUUUGGAGGUGAUUGAUUGUAAGGGACUGAGACAUUUAUUUCCAUCCAGCAUGAUUGACAGUCUGCUUCAACUGAAAGUUCUAAAGAUAUCAGGGUGUGAGGAAAUGGAGGAAAUCAUUGCUAUGGAUGAUGGUGAAAUGGAUCAAAUCUUAUUGGGAACCGAGCAUCUCAGAUCUUUAUGCUUCCCUAAUCUACUCGAGCUAUCAUUACAAAGAUUACCAAGCCUUGUCUGCUUCAGUACUGCAACUUACGAUUUCAUAUUUCCAAGAUUGGAAAAGUUAAAGGUGAAAAAAUGUCCCAAGAUGACCGCAAUGCUCGCUGUUGCAGCAAAUCAUUCUACGAGUGCUAAGCCAGAGGCACUCUUGUUUGAGUUUAUUGGCUUAACAAAUUUGAGAAAUUUAAGCAUUGGAGAUUGUGAAGGAGUAGAAGAGGUAAUGCAGGUCGGAAGUUUUGUAACUAAUAGAAGAGGUGGAAGUGAACUUUCACUCCUGAGUUUGGAAACAUUAAAGUUGAGCUCUCUGCCUGACUUGAGGAGUAUAUGCAAGGGCCUCGUGCUGAAAAAUUUGACUACUUUGGAGGUGGUUAAUUGCAAUGGACUGAGACAUUUAUUUCCAUGCAGCAUGAUUGGCAGUCUGCUUCAACUGAAAGUUAUAAAGAUAUCAGUGUGUGAGGAAUUAGAGGAAAUCAUUGCUAUGGAUAAUGAUGGUGAAAUGGAUCAAAUCUUAUUGGGAACCGAGCAUCUCAAAUCUUUAUGCUUCCCUAAUCUACUCGAGCUAUCAUUAAAUGGAUCACCAAGCCUUGUCUGCUUCAGUACUGCAACUUACGAUUUCAUAUUUCCAAGAUUGGAAGAGUUAGAGGUGGAAAAAUGUCCCAAGAUGACCGCAAUGCUCGCUGUUGCAGCAAAUCAUUCUACGAGUGCUAAGCCAGAGGGCUUAACAAAUUUGAGAAAUUUAAGGAUUGAAGAUUGUGAAGGAGUAGAAGAGGUAAUGCAGGUUGGAGGUUUUGUAACUAAUAGAAGAGGUGGAAGCGAACUUUCACUCCUGAGUUUGGAAACAUUAAAGUUGAGCUCUCUGCCUGACUUGAGGAGUAUAUGCAAGGGCCUCAUGCUGAAAAAUUUGACUACUUUGGAGGUGGUUAAUUGCAAUGGACUGAGACAUAUACUCCCAUCCAGCAUGAUUGCUAGUCUGCUUCAACUGAAAGUUCUAACGAUAUCAAGGUGUGAGGAAUUGGAGGAAAUCAUUGCCAAGGAUGAUGAUGACAAGGAUCAGAUAUUGUCAGAAACUCGUCUCCAAUCUUUAUGCUUCCCUAGUUUGCGUGACAUUGAGGUCAGCCAAUGCAACAAGUUGAAGAGUCUCUUUCCAGUCAUCAUUGCCGCAGGACUUCCACAACUAACAAAUCUCGAAGUAAGAGAAGCUCCUCAAUUAACGGAAGUAUUUGGACAGGAUGAUAAAGCUUCACGUCUCAAUGUUAAUGUGGUGCCUAUUCUACGGGGGUUGUCGCUAAAAAAUUUACCAAGCAUCGUCUGCUUCAGUCUUGGAUGUAAAAAUUUCUUAUUCCCAUGUCUUGAAGCGUGUGUGGUGGGAAAUUGUCCUAAGAUGGCAACACAAUUCACUGUUGCACCAGAUGGUUCAAUGAGUGCUCAAUCAGAGGUAUCUCAGGUUGCUGAAGCGUCAAGCAGUAGUUGCGCCAUGCCAAGCAGCACCUACAAAAUGUGGACCAGAGAUGGUGGGUGGGAAGAACAAGAUUCUGAUUUUGAGAGCUAG